AGUCUUUGCGUGGGGUACUCUAGGCAGAAUCUGUUACGAACUGUCCGCCUCACUGAGAGGCUCUGUUCGAUGAUCUGGGCGGUAGCAGACCUCGGGAUGGACUAACCACAUUGGGUAGCAUUAUUUCUCGACUAGCUUACCUACCAGCACGGUCCGAUUGAUCAGUUCAGGAAACAUACUCGCUGGAUUACCACAUCAGAUCAAGAUCUCGGUCUUGGUAGGCGACGGACGAAUGUUAGAGAAGAUUGCAAGGGCUACCAUUCUCAUGGUAUAAAGGUCUGGGUGUCUGCAAGGAACAGAUAUCCAGCACACUCACAAACACGCACUCAACUCUUAACACUUAAUCUAACUACUUGAACAUUGAUCGUCUUUAUACAUACCAAUUAUUUCUCAACUUUUCAAUUUUUCCAAACGAGCCAUCCAAGAUGCCAACCCCUUCGCUUCGCCAAGUCAUUGGAAUCCCCAAUUCGACAGCAUCGGUCAAAGACUCCGUCCUUGUCAUCAUCGACGCUCAGGACGAGUACAUCUACGGUAGUCUCCCAGCUCAAGAUUACAAACAGGUCAACAUCGCAAUCUCCAGCCUUCUGGAGAAAUACCGGGAGCAAAACGGCCACGUCGUACAUGUCCUGCACGACACUGGCUCCGAUGAAGCACCCAUUUUCAAGUCCAAUGGCAAACUUACCAAAGAGAUGGAUGGUGUUGAAGCCAUCAAAGGCGAGACCAUCGUAUGGAAGAAACAUGCUGGAUCAUUUUCGGAGACGAAUCUAGCAGAGAUUGUCAAGAAGACUGGACUCCGGAAACUUGUUCUCACGGGAUACAUGGCACAUGGUUGUGUAUCAAGUACCGCUCGUGAAGCGACUACAUUAGGUUACGAGACCCUUGUUGUUGAAGAUGGUGUUGGACAGCGCGAUAUGAAGGACAUCCCCGCCGGGCAGGUGAAGAAGGUUGCUUUGACAGAGAUUGAUGACAUGUUUGGAACGGUUGUGAAGGCCUCAGACAUCAAUUAAGCAGAUGCGACUUGCUCCGUUGAAGAUGAUUCCAGUUGUGAAAUGAGUGUAGUAGUACGGAAUAAGG